AUGGUGGCCGUGGAAGGGGCCGUGCACAAGCAAGACCAAUUUAUGAAUUUCAAGUUCACAUUCCUCCACGCCAAUCAUUAUCACCAAUACCACCAUCACCACCAUCAUCAUCACCAUCUUUUCCUCCUACACCACCACCGCGAUCCCCUUCGAACAGUUUACCACCAUCUCCAGGACUAUUUCCUUUUGGUUCUGUCUAUCCGUCUACAGACUUUGGAACUGUUCAUCGUUCUAAUCCAUACUCUCCUCCUCGUCCUGGAACUCCCCUUUACCAUCGUGCGCGACAGCACCAGAAUUACCCCCGAUACCCCCACAGAGAGCCCCAUUAUCCUGAUCCAGAGGAAGCUGCGCCUCGAUACCCUCAGGAAGACGCGCCCCAAUUUCAGCAGGAAGAAUUUUAUCCGGGAGCAUUACACCAACCCAGAGACUACUUUGAGGAAUUCGUCAGCUCCGAAGCAUAUCGAGUCGAAGAAGAGUACAGUGAGGCCGAUAGAGAUUCAUCGCAUUCUCAAUCUCGUCGCAAUCCUCGUCGCCAAACACGUGAUAGACCAGGUCACUUUAAUCCUCGCCGCCAACUUCGCGGCCCGCCUCGUUUCCACGACCGCCGUUACGAGCCGCCCACUUCUUGUGGCAUGGAUCGCGACGCGCGAAGCAGAAGGUAAGAAUCUCAGCGAAAUAUCAACACAGAACAACCCCCAUGCUAACGAGAGGCAAUCUUCUAGAUACGAUGACGGAGAAGUCACUAGAUAUGGCGCUGGGGAGUCCUAUCGACCGUUCAACUCUAACCGCUCUCCGCGACGGGCUAGAAGCCCUCCACGAGGCCGUAGUCCACCAAUCAUAGACAGCGACCGCUACAUUCCCGGCCGAUCCCCGCGACGUCGCUCGCGCAGCACAGAUCGCUAUCGACGUGAGCCUUCUAGAGACAGGCGAGACACUAGAGAGAUGGGCGACAGCUGGAGACGACGGGAUAGAAGUCGAAGUCUCCGUAGAAGCCCUCCUCGACGAUCUCCUCCUCGACGUAGCCCGCCUCGCAGGAGUCCUCCUCGCAGAUUUUCUCCAAGACGGGAUGAUAGAGAUCGGCUGAGAUCUCCUCGUAGGGGCUACGACUCAAGGUUCCCACCACCACCCCACAAUGACAAUCCCAACGCAGUCCCCCUAACUCUUGCUUUCAGACGAAGAUCUAGAUCUCCUUUUGAUAGAGAUCGCGGUCGAGAGAGAUCGCCCUUACGUCGUUCACCUCCCCCCGUACAAAGAGCUAGCACUUACAGAGUCCGCUCUCGCAGUCCAGAGCGACGAGAUGAUCGGUACGGCCCCUCGUACAGCAGACGCCCUUCGCCACCUCGCGAGUCCGCUAUUUCUUCGGCCAUCCCGUCUCGAGAUACCUCCCGUAGAUCUUCACCCCAUCCUCUCCCUCUCCGUCGCGAUGAUCGUUCACGUCAGCAAUCCCAAAGCCCACCACGACCACGAUCUAGAUCCUCGGCCGGCAUCCCGGUAAGAGAGAGAAGUCCUCAGGGAACCCCCAAAGAGUCGUUUGUACCUCCCAAAUCGCCGCCGCGCGGACCUGCUGCGCUUCGCGUACCUCCCACUGGACCAAGGGAGACUCGUAUCUACGGAGGCCAGUCUGGUGGAGCGAUAGGUCCGCCUCCCAGACCAGCACCCGUCAUGCCUACGGCAUCGAGUCAACAUAAUGUUAGCCCUGGCGCUCCGCCAUCGGGUCCUCGAGGAUACGUAUCAUCACGGGGAGGCGGUUACAGUCGUGGUGGCCGAGGGGGCCCUAGCUGGGGAAGUACGAUUCAGAGUCGAAACUUGCUACCUGCUACAGGUCCCGUUUCCGCGUCAGCAGUCACGGGCGCGAGCAGCAUUCCUACUGGCCCGCGGGCAGGUUCAAUAUCACAAUCAGUCCCCACGACCCCCAUCAACCAGUCGAAGCCAUUCAAUCCCCCUAAAGGGCCCGCAGCCGAAAGCAACCGUCCAAGCCUCGCCCAAUCCUUGCUGCAAUCGCUCCCCCCAAUCAUACCGGGAGGUAAGAUGGACGCGUAUCAUACGGCGAUUGCGACGGGCGUAAUGCCAGAGCUCCAGGCCCAUACAGCGCAGCUCAAGGAGGAAGAAGAGAAGCUCCGUGCUGAGAAGUAUGUCAAGGAAGAAAAAUUGCGCAAAAGCUUAGCCAUGUGGGACAAGUUUGAGCGUGAGGCCAAGGUACUCGACCUCCGCCUUGAACUAUCCGAGAACAGCGUCAAGAAGUUCGCCGGUGAAAGUGUAAGCAAAGCAGCCUUUUAG